AUGGAACUUAAAACUAACAUGAAGCUCCUGCUUCUCACCGCUCUCCUUUCCUGGUCCUCAGCACAAAAAUGUCCAGGAAUCUUUUUCAACUACAGAUGCCACGAAGUUGAAAUCCUGAAAAAUGGGAUCAACAACAUUCACCAACUGGUGUUAAAUGAAAAUGAAAAUACGCUUUACUUCACAUUCGAACAAAUAGCCAGUCCACCUUCCAGAGGUCUGGGGUACUUUAACAUCGAUGAUGAAACUGCUGGAGUCAUAGACGGUGUAAGAAACGCAACGGGAGUAGCCAUAGACAAGAGAAGAAAUAGAAUUUACGUGGGUGGAUCUGACGGACUUUACUUCCUUCACGAGAACAAAUUACCCGAAAAACUACCUGUUCAAGACAGUAUUCAGUAUUUAUUUUAUAAAGAUUAUGUGUAUUAUAUAAAUAACCGGAGGGAAGCUUAUAAAUUUGAUUACGGAAUGGUGGUCCGCUUACCGGAGCUCCAAGGACAAUAUGUUGAUCAAAUUAUAGUCGAUGACGACAAUAAUAUUUUUUUUCUACAAGAUAGAAACCUUUUUAGAGUAAAAAUGGGUACUAGAGCUAUCAACAGUCACGAAAGGUAUACUGUGAAUCUAAUAACCACAGAUAAUAAUUACAAGCCAUAUAUGUGUGCUACUAGUGGAGUUUAUGUGUACAAUAAGUAUAAAUAUGCAUUGGAUAGAGUGGCUAAUAUAGUUGAUUUGAGAGAAAUGACGUUUAAUAGACAAGGGGAACCCAUUUAUGUAGUAGUUGAUAAUAUUGUUAAGCUAAAUUAUAAUCCCAUUCCUUAUAUACCAUAA